AUGAGUAGCGAUUGGAAUAAUAUUUUAAAAAGAAGUAGAGAAUAUAUCAAAGCUAAGAAUAAAAUAAAAACCCAAGUUGAAAAUAACAGAUUACAACAACUCGGAUUAACGGAAAAUCUACAAACUCUAUUUCAACCCAUAUUAAAAUCUCAAGAGGAUAUUAAAAGGAAAUUAGAAUAUAAACCUCCUAUAGAACCUACACCUCCCAAAGCGAUUGAAUAUGAUGGUAUUAUAAUUAGGACAUUAAAUGAUAUAAAACGUCUUUUUUCAAACCCUGACCCAGAUUUACCAAAGAGCAUUUCACCAAUCGUUGAUAAUCAAGGUUUAUUGUUUAAUGGAUUUAGAAUAAUAUUUAGUCCAAAUUCCCCUUUAUUCAAAAUCGAUACAAAAGAUUAUAUAUACACAUUAACGAAAGGAUUAAUAGAUUUAAUGAAUGGCGAGGAUGUUGAAAGUCAGGACGCGAAACAAGAAGAUCAAAAGAAGUUAAACUAUAUAAAAGAACAUGAUGAAGAGGAGUUAGGUGAUUAUGCUGAAGAGCAUCCUCCUAUCACACAAGAAAUAGACGAAUUCGAAGAUAUGGUAUCUGGAGAAGGUAUAACGUUUUUAUCCGACAACAACGAGGAACUACUUAAUAGAUUACGAGUAAUAUUAGCGGCCAUGAAGGAAGGACAUCGAUCGCACAGACAAUACAAUAUAAAUAAAUUAAAAAGACUCCUAGAGAAAGGUAUUCUAGAUAAAAAUGAUUAUAAAAGCGUGAUUAAAAAUAUCAAAUAA